UAGAUUUCUUUAUUUAUGACGACUGCUCAAGUGUCGUUCCCAGCUACCCUCCCGUGCUCUCCUCUCGCCGUCCCUCCUCCAUAUUUAUCGCAACAACCUCGCCCUCCAUACACCCCAAGCCACACAGCCCCGUAGCCCGCAGCAUCUUCUGUUACGUUGCGUCCGGUUCCCUCGCGCCGUGCAAACAAAGAAAAAAAAUGGCCGUGCCGGAGGUGGUGGUCGAGGGCGUCGUCUUCCCGCCGGUGGCCCGCCCGCCGGGCUCCGCCGGCUCGCACUUCCUCGGCGGCGCAGGCGUGCGAGGCAUCGAGAUCGGAGGCAACUUCAUCAAGUUCACGGCCAUCGGCGUGUACCUGGAGGACGCGGCCGUGUCCGCGCUGGCGAAGAAGUGGGCCGGCAAGACGGCCGACGAGCUCGCGUCCGACGCCGCCUUCUUCCGCGACGUCGUCACGGGUGACUUCGAGAAGUUCACGAGGGUGACCAUGCUCCUUCCGCUCACGGGCGAGCAGUACGCGGGGAAAGUGACGGAGAAUUGCGUGGCGUUCUGGAAGGCCGUCGGCCUGUACACGGACGCCGAGGGCGUCGCCGUGGAGAAGUUCAAGGAGGCGUUCAAGCCCGAGACGUUCCCGCCGGGCGCCUCCAUCCUUUUCACGCACUCGUCCACCGGAGUCCUCACCGUCGCCUUCUCCAAGGACUCGUCGGUGCCGGCGUCCGGCGGCGUGGCGAUCGAGAACAAGCACCUCUGCGAGGCCGUGCUGGAGUCCAUCAUCGGGGAGCACGGCGUGUCGCCGGCCGCGAAGCUGAGCCUCGCGGCGAGGGUGUCGGAGCUCCUCACCAAGGGAACCGCCGGGGCCGCCGACGCGCCGCAGGCGGAGCCCGUCUCGGUCACCGCCUGAGCGAGCGAGCCGCGAGGAGAAAGAGAACCAGCCAGUCGAGCAAUCAGAUCGUUAGUUGGGCGGCAUGCCAUCUCGCAUCUGCCGGCCUUGCGUGCUCCGAAGACAUGCCGCGCCGGUGCAUGCGCAUCUGUCGCGUCGCGUCUUUGUCUGUCUGUGCGUCGUGUUUGUUUGUAGCUUUCUGGAUGUGCCGUUCGCUGGGUAACAUUUGAAUAAAAAACGCGGAUAUAUACUUCGUACUAUUUGCA